GCGCGCGGUACGCAAGGGACUCAAGGUGAAGACUCGGAGUGAUAUGCAUGUACUGACGAGCAGCUGUUCAGGUGACCUUCCCAAGGGGGCGCAUUGCCACAUCAGUGUCAGGGGAGCAGAGAAAUUAGGGGGGGUCGCAGUCCCAUUUUGUAGAGAAGGCAGGCAGGAUGGCAGCCGUUGCUUUGGCAAAGGGUUCCUGCCUCGGCGCUGCCAUCAGGACACCUGCCAUUCCGUCAGCGUCCACUUCUAGCAGGGAUGCGGUCUUCCGCAGCUUUUCGGGGCUCACAUUGAGUGAAAAGAUGGAGCAGAGUGUGCCUGCGUUGAGAAGUACAGCGGCGAAGGUGGCUCCGCUGCAAAUAGGGUUGUUGGUAGAAGCGAAGCUGAUCAACCGGAAGGAACUGCGAUUGAAGAGGCACCGGCGCAUUAGAAAGAAAAUUUCCGGUACAUCGGAUCGCCCCCGGAUGGCUGUCUACAGGUCAAACGCGCACAUCUAUGUCCAAGUGAUCGAUGACGAGAACCAGUGCACCAUUGCAGCAUCUUCCACAGUGAAGAAGGGCCUUAGGGAGACCCUCGAGAAGACUGCCGGCGCGACCUGCGAACACGCAGCGGCCGUGGGCAAAGACAUUGCUGAGCAGCUCCUUGCAAAAGGUAUCAACGCUGUUAAGUACGACAGGGGCGGCUUCGUGUUUCAUGGACGGAUUAAGGCUCUUGCUGAUGCAGCUCGGGAAGCUGGUGUUGUAUUCUAAAGUUUCGCCCGUAGACACGAGAAGUUUGCCAGAAAAGUUUUUCUUUGGUGAGUUCUGAUAUGCUCAACCUAGAAGUUGCCAACACGAGAAGUUUGAGAGCAAGCCAUGUCCGGACAGGCGAUAUCAUCCGACUCUUUUGUAUUCAACCGGAUCAAUGAUAGCCUCUCCAGGUUACUAGGUCCUGGGUGAUCGACGUUGAAACCCGUUACACCAUGGAAUCUACUUGUGAGUUAACUCAGCACCGCUAGAAGCAUGCAGGAUUAUUCUCUUACUGAUCCCCGCAUGACUGCAAGCGUUGAUUUGCA